AUGACCAGCCCUGAAGACGAGCCAUUGUUUUCUUCCCAGACGUCUGGCAAACCACGGCCAAGGUUGUAUACCACUACCUGGCACAUGUAUGACAAGAUUUCCCUGUCCUCAAGUUAUCUCCUCGACUGGCUCGCCACAUGUGUAUCUAACACAGAAAGGACCGUCCUCUUUUCUCUUUCGCUAAGAGUUGCUUGUGGUUUUCUCUUUUGUUCGCAUUCGCACCUGCCUACCAGCUGGUCAAAUGAGGCUCCGGGACGGACCUAG